AUGGACAUGGAUAUGAACAUGCCAUCAGUGUUCUCAGCCUCCACUGAAAUCACAAUCCUCUUCACAGGCUGGACAACGUCAACCACAACACAAUACAUCUUCACACUAACGUUUCUAUUCGUCCUCGCCAUCUUCAACCGCUUCCUCGGUGCUCUUAAGUUCCAGCUCGAGAAAUCUUGGUCCCGGAAUACCUCUUCCUCUCAAACUCUACUUCUUGCACCAGUAAACCCACGACGAAAUGUCCGAAAAGCGAAGCUCAGCCCUCUUCCAGACUACAUGCGUGUGUACGGGGAUGAGGACGACGGCGAAGAGACUUUACCAAUUUCAAACAACGACAAUGAAACACGAAAUGCGUCAAUGGGGCAUCCCAAAGAGGAUAGUCUUCAGAAUAGGACGUCACUGAAACAUCUACUCCCAUCAUGGAAGGCCAGUGGAAGGUGGAGUUUCCGAAAAGACGGGACACGCGCGUUGCUUGAGUGUGCUAGGGCUUUGAUUGGAUAUUUCUUGUGGGUGGUUACACUUACUGUCUACAUGUGUAUCAUGUAUCGAAUGAUCGACUAA